AUGCCAAGCGCACCGCUGUCCUUGAAGCAAGCAGCAACCCCCCUCGCUCAAGGAGUCGCCUGGAUCGAAGGCGAGCUCACUCCUAUCAAUGAGGCUCGCAUUCCUUUGUUGGACCAGGGUUUCCUCCACAGUGAUUUGACUUACGACGUACCAGCUGUUUGGGAUGGACCGAAGCUGCAAGAAGUUGCAGCUUCAAUUCCCAUCCCCAAGGAGGAUAUCAAGACUAUCUUGGUCGACAUGGUUGCCAAGAGUGGUAUCCGCGACGCUUACGUUGAGCUUAUUGUCACCCGUGGCCUUAAGAGCGUUCGCAGCGGCAAGCUAGAAGAACUUAAGAACAACCUUUAUUUGUUCGUUAUACCCUACGCCUGGAUUUCUGAACCUGAGGAGCAACGUACUGGCGGCAGCGCCAUCAUUUCACGAACUGUCCGACGAUGUCCCCCUGGCUCCAUGGACCCCACCGUCAAGAAUUUUCAAUGGGGUGAUCUCGUGCGAGGCUUGAUCGAGGCCAAUGAUCGUGGUGCCAUGCACCCUUUCCUGACUGAUGGAGAUGCCAACAUUACCGAAGGAUCUGGUUACAACAUCGUCCUUAUCAAAGAUGGCGUUCUCUACACUCCUGACCGUGGUGUUCUCGAGGGAAUCUCCCGUAAGAGUGUCAUCGACGCUGCUGCAGCCCUAGGCUAUGAGGUGCGUUUAGAGGUUGUGCCCACAGCACUAGCAUACACUGCUGAUGAGAUCCUCAUCUGCUCAACUGCCGGGGGUGUCAUGCCUAUCACAUCGCUUGAUGGUGAGCAUGUGAAGGACGGCAAGAUUGGCCCAAUUACGUCGGCUAUCUGGGAUAAAUACUGGGCUAUGCACUACGAAUCAGCCUAUAGCUUUGAUAUUAAGUACUAA